AUGGGUCUCCCAACUCGGAGCCUUUGGGUCUUGGCAAACUCGCACCACUCCACCCGUCGAGACCUCAAUAGCAAGAGCGUCACCUUUAUUAUUAUCGUGGCUGCAAUUGUUGCUGUCGCUCUUUUCUCCUAUGCUGCUGUUUCGCUGCUCAAAGGACGGCAGCGACAGCUUCACGGCCAAGACUCGAUCAAGAAUGAGGGAUGCUCAUUCUUCCAAGCCUUGAAACGCAGGCGUAUUAGUCGCUAUCACCAAGCCUCGGCCGACAAUCUCGAUGGAGCCAACACUUCGCAUCCGCUCGGAAGAUCGGCCUUAUCGCCGAAUGCCUUGAACGAACGUCAAACAUCCCGACGGACGUCACAUCCAACGAUCCUUGGAAACGCUUCCCAUGUGCGAAGUGGAUCUUCUGUCGAUAGGCACACUUCGGUCAGGUCUGUUAUGACGCUUCCCGUCUACUGUGCCAUCGCAGGAAACAAUGAGCAGGUAUUGGGUAGGGAAGGUGAAAGAGAUGGAGUCGACGUCAUUGUUGAUUUACCCACGGCGGAGGAGGAAGAGGCCCUCAGAGAGGAAGAGAUGGAGACCAUUUAUCAGCUCCGGCUCGUGAGACGCGCACAAAACGCCGAGCGCGAAGAAAUGCGGCGGCAGAGACAAGCGGCCCGGCAGCAUGGCAGUGCCUCGGCAAGUGUCGGAACUCAGUCCCGUGCCACGAGCAACUACAACCACAUCGAGAAUCUUCGUCAAGAUCUCAGCCGUGUUCAAGAACAGCGACAAAGGGCCGUCCCUAGCGUAUCUUACGCAGACCUCGGUGUUGCGCGGCACGACGGGACUCGGAUUCGCGCAAACAGUAAUGAAAGCGAGCGCAUGGGCCUGCUGUCAGAUGCUGCUAGCAUUGCCGUUUCCGCCCGUUCAGAUGCUCGCUCGUCCAGGCUUCAUCGACGAGAGCCCAGUGCAAUUUCACUCGUCAGUGUUGACAACGACACGCAUCCCGUGCCAGUCUCUACGGCGCGAGUAUCUUCUCGAUCGAGCACCCCUCGGUUGUCGAGCGGUGAAUUUCAGUCUGCACCAUCGCCAGAGAUUGCGGAAGCCGACUUAGGAGUUGAGCCUCUUUCUCCGCCAGAGUACGAAGAUAUCUCUCUCCAUAACGGUGGAAGGGGACUCGAAGCGACAGAGACUCCAUCAAAUGGACCACCGCCAUAUCAUUUUGUCUCUGCCACUCGCGCACCGCCUAGCUCGAACACGGCGUCAAUCUCCAAUAGUUCACUAUCGAGCGAGGGAGAAACUGCGUCUAUCCAACAAGCCUCGAGAGACUCUAGUGCAUUGACACGAUUGCCCAGUCUGCGACUUUCUGCACUACCAAUAAUCACAAUAGAACGAACGAACGAAGAGUCUCCCAUUCAACCAUAG